ACGUUAACUGGAAAAGAAAUACCUGCAUGGGUCAAUCGUCUGGCGUCCAUUUCCAGUUCCAUACCAUUUCUGGAGCGUUGUUUGCCCCAGGAAUGGUUGACGCCGGUCGCAUUACAGCACAGCCUUGAGGAACGACGACGAAGUGGCGAUUACACGUCGGCAUGCGUUGAACGUGCCCAGGAAGCGACCGAAAAAGCGAACACCAGCACCAGCACAAGACGAGCUAGCUUGCCGACAACCAGCAAUGUUGCAGCAACAUCGCUAUCUGUGAGUCCAGUGCCACAGUUAUCGAAAAUUUGGAAUUCAAUCAAAAAUUUCACCACCGACUCCACACAGCACAGUUCAGGCUCGCCCUCAUCAAACAGUCCUCGAGGACGGGAAACUGGUAUUCGGAGCGUGGACACGCCCGAAUCGUAUUUUAGUCCAAAGUUUUAUCUAUAA